AUGAAUACUCCACUUCACAGCAAACACUUGCGGUUUAGCCUCGUCCUCGUCCCGCUUCCCGUGCGGCGUUGUCCUUUGUCGGGGACGGGGCGGGCGGGCCGUUGCGCGCGCGAACGAGCGGAUCGGUGUUUCAGGGCAGGGAUGGGUGGUUUUCUCCUUCUUUUUGGCUUUUUUUUUCUUGCUUGA